AUGAGCGCACCGUACCCGCAAAGACUCGAACAAGUGUUCGAAGAUUUCCGCAACCCUAAUAGGGAACUGGUCAGUUUUUCGAAAGUUAAAUCAUCUCCAAGUCCCAAUUUUCAGUUGGAGCAGGAGAAUCAACAUCCUCAGCUGCCCAACCACGCAAGAGGACACGAAAAUGUAAAUAAUUUCCUUGAAAUUUCUUGUAUUUUUGCAUUUUUUCUAGAGAGCUGCGGGGUUCAAUCAAAGACUCCCAAGGAUGGCAGUUCCUCAGCCCGGGCCACAAAUCGAGUUGGGCUCGGAUGUGGAAGUGGACGGGGCCGGGCCCAGGCAAGGGCCUGUCCCAAUGUCGUUGAGGAACCUCCUAAACAUGAGAAUCGUUAGUUUUUAUUAUUUUUUUCCUUAAAAAAAUCAUUUUUUUGUUCUGAAAUGAUGAUUUUAUUGGAAUUGACAACAUUAUUUUUAGUUCAGAAUGAAAAAAAAAAAAAAUCUUUUUAAAAUUCUAUUUUUACAGGCCCAGCUGCAAUACAAUCGACGGCGAGGGAUCCAAGAGGUUCGGAUUUUUGAAAUAUCAAAAUUGCCAAAUAUUAUUCGUAACUUCUACUGGAGUCUGAACUUUGUCUCAUUUUGAUGAUUUGAAAAUGUGAUUUCUAGAAAUAUAAAAGAUAUUGAUAUUUCUUUUGCCUAACUUGUAAGAUUUUAUGAAAACUCUUGUUCUCUCAAUAUUCAUAGGAAAGUUUUUCAUAGGGGCAGUAAAAAAUGGUGUUUGAGGUAAAAGCAGUAUCUUAUAUAGUUUUUUUAUUUGUGAAUCGAAUGGUGUACUCAAAAAAAGUUACAGAUGUGACAACUUUAGAAAAAAAACGCGAUUUUACUUUCUCGCCUUCAAUUUUGAAAAAAGCUUUGGAUCGGCCUACGGGCAACUGAUUACAGUAGCUGUGCACGUGAUGUUGCGGACGUCUCAUUAGACUCGCAUUUUGUGAGAAAUAACCGGAUAUUUGCUUCAAAUUAAAGGUUUCUUCUCUGAAAAACAUUUAAUCAAACAAAAAACACACAUUGAUAAUAAAGAAAACACAAAUAAUCGCUAUCCCAAUCGAAACCUGUGUGAAAUCAUCAUUUUCACCAGAAAAGCUUUUUUGCGAUCAAAGUUUGCAAAUUAUACAUGAAUAGAAAGCUUUUGUGACGAAAAAAACUUUAAUGACAACAGAAAAAUUGAAAAUUGAAAGAAACGAAGAAAAAAGCGAAAAUGCGAAAAAUGGCGAAGCGUGUUGUCCAUAGAGCAACUUUACUGAAAAGCGCCCUUUUCGCGACAACUCAAGCUUUCCUCCCCCCGACUUUGAAUAAUUUUUUCUUCAAAACUAGGAACUUUUGUACGUUUUCAAGUUCACCGUUCGAUUCGCAAUGAAAAACUCUACAAAGUACUGCUUUGAACUGAAACACCGUUUUUUACUGCCCCUAUGCCUUUAACUUUCAAUGACAUUGUUUCAAAAACUCUAUAGGUUUCCAUUGCAUGCUUUAUUCAAAUUGAUCUUUAAUUGUACAAAGUUUAAAGUUCUGAACUGAAGAAAUCAAGGUCAAACCUCGAUUUUCAAUCAUUUUUCCUCAUUAUCAUCUUCCUCAUAACUGAAAUUCUUUUAGAAAUAUUCAAAUUGAGGCUAAUAAUAAAUUUCAAUACUUUUAAGACUUUUAUGCGGUAAUGAAAGAUCAUUAUUACCGAGUCCAUACCUCAAUUUUUCCAGGACGACUCGUCCGAAGAGGAGGACCGCCCCCAUCUACUUGCUCCAGCUCCUCAACGGAUGCUUCCAGUGGCGCGCGAACCGGUAGGAAUUAAAAAAAGAAUAGCACCUUUUUCAGUCCAUAACAGAAGCCUCAAGUCUUUCCAAACUGUUGGAGAAGCUUCAAAAAAUUUCCCAAUCAACCUUUUUUAUAUCUAUCACCUUUCAGGACUCGCAAGAAGAGGAAGAAAUGGGACCAGUCAGAGCUGCUCCAGCUCCUCGCGUCUUCGACCAAGGUCAACCAUGA